GGGGGGUAAAGAGGCCCAAAUUACAACUGUUACAUAUAGUACAGUAAAUGCACUGGCAUGUGCAUAUUUAAAAAUUAUACCGGUCGAGUUGUAUGGACCUAGAGGAAAGUUCAAGACCACAGCUCUUCUGGAUGAAGGAUCAACCAUGACACUCAUAGAGGAGUGGAUGGCUCAGAAAUUAGCGCCUCGCGGACCCAAAGAAGAAUUACGUAUUGAGGCCGUAGGAGGCAAGCGAAUCAACGACAACAGUUCGUAUCGCUUAAAUAUUAAAAUCAGUGGCAUUUUCUCGAGCGACUUAUAGGAGAUAAGUGUACAAACAAUUAAGUCACUUAACCUUUCUCCGCAGUUGGUGGGCCGAGAAUUAUUGCAACGGUGUUGUCAUUUGACACCGAUUAAGGACGAGUUGAUUUAUGAGAGGUCCAGACCUACCAGAUUAAUUGGCCAGGACAAUUGGCAUCUCAUGAAUUACUCGUGAAUUAAUUUCAGGAGGUAAGAACCUACCUGUAGCAUCGCUCACCAAACUUGCAUGGGUUUUACAUGGUCACAUAUCGGGUGGCAUUAAACGAAUCAAGAUUGUUAACCACAUUUCCACCAAGAAGGAGGAGGACAUGGAGAAGUUAAUCAAGGAUUAUUUUAGUUUGGAAUCUUUGGGGGUGUCUGCGCGUAAGCCCGCAAACGACCCAGAAGAACGAGCUUUAAAUAUUUUGAACAAAUCGGUACGUCGUAUACCUAAUAAUAGGUACGAGACUGCUUUGUUAUGGCGCACAGAUAAUGAGUGCAUGCCAUCGAAUAGAGCGCAGGUUGAAAGUCGCCUGUUUAAUAUCGAAAGGAAGCUCGAUAAAAAUAGCGAGUUGAAAAAAGAAUAUGAGAAGCAAAUUGAAAAUCUCAUCGUUAACAGUUACGCAGAGAAAGCGAACCAUAUUUCCAUUUCCCCACGAACGCGGUAUCUUCCUCACUUCGCAGUGGCUCACCCACAAAAAAGGAAAAUAAGAAUAGUUUUCGACGCCGCCGCAAGGACGGACGGACGUUGUCUCAAUGAUGCAUUGUUAACCGGACCGGACUUAUUGAAGUCGUUAUUUGGCGUUCUGCUACGAUUCAGAGAAGGAAGCGUGGCAGUAAUGGCGUGAUUCUUAUGGCGGCACAAUCGUGACGCGCCACCGGAAGAGUAUAGAAUGACGUCACUCAUAUUUGGAGCGGCAUCAUCGCCAUGCAUCGCUAUAUAUGUGAAGAAUAGAAAUGCGCAGGAUAACGCACAUCUCUAUCCAGAAGCAGCUUUCGCGACGGAAAGCAAUUUCUAUAUGGAUGACUAUCUACAGGCAUUUCCCGACCUGACGACGGCCGAAAGGAUAGUAAACGAUAUGUAUGAAUUACAUAAACGUGCUUCUUUCCAGCUAAGGGGAUGGGCUAGCAACCGACCCGAGGUUUUAUGUAAAAUGGAAAAUAAAUAUAAGAGCGACAGUGUUUCGUUGGGAGAUAAGGAGCACACAGAACGCACUUUAGGUUUGAUCUGGAAUAUCAAACGAGAUAUAAUAAGUUUCUCCAUAAGUCUUUGUAACACACCGGGAGAGUUGAUGGAAGGUUUACGACCGCCUACGAAGAGGGAGAUAACGAGCGCUGUGAUGUCAGUCUUGAUCCUUUAGGACUCGCAUCACCCAUAACGAUUCAAGGGAAGUCGCUAAUGCAGCAAGCAUGGAGGACAGGCAUCUCUUAGGAUGAACAAGUUCCACACGAAUUACACGUGUUAUUAUUUUGUAAAUGGAUAUCGGAAGUGAAGAAAUUAGGUCAUUUAGAAGUACCUAGACCCGUUGCCGAAGGUGUUGGCAGGGGGGAGUUACACACUUUCACGGAUGCUAAUGAGAAAGCCUACGCCGCCGCGGUGUAUUACGUCACCACGGACGAGGUCUUGAUAAUAGAUCAUUCGUUGCCACGAAAUACGUGGCCGAAAGGCAAGAUUAAUAGGACGCUACCGGGACCAGACGGUCACACUAGAGUGGUUGACGUCAUUACUAGCACAGGAGGCCUACUCUCUUUCUCCGAAACGAAACUUCGUUAACGAACGAAAUUUAAACGAAGUUUCGACGCGCACGCAAAGUUCGAGUCCAAAGACAAUUUUCGUGAACGAAUGGAACGAACAAUGUUAUGUAUUUUACGAAUUUAUUAAAAUAAUCGUGGUUUUUUAUGCAUAUUAUUCCAAAAAAUCUUACACAAGCAAUAAAUAUACAAGUUUUCGAAGAAAAUCACAGUGACACUAAAAUAACCCUUUCAAUGACCGUUAACCGACUAAGUUAAGGUGUACAAUAAUAACAAACGGUGUUUAUAGUAUCCUAUAACAACCAAACUUAUCCGUAUUAUCACAAUGCUGUCAGUCAUCACUUGUGGAUUUUUUGUUUGCAUUCUUUGAAAGUUUGAAUAGUUUUAAGUUUGUUUCUCAAGCUCAAGUGUAAGACGUAGGUAGAGAUUCUUUCCUGUGUGCUCAAGUGAAGAGUUAUUAAUAUGUUUUGUUUUUUUCUUUGCCUACUUUGCAAACGCGAUACACAUUCCCUGACAAAGUUUCAAUUUCAAGUCGCAGUCUUCAUAUGGGCGUCCUUUGGUCCACAAAGACUUCUAUUUGGUUUAAUUUGGUUUUAUAUUCAGAAAGAGUGUAAGUAAUGUUAAUUGUUUUGCACUUAUAAUACUUCCAUAACAUAUUUUUUUGUAAUAAUAGGUACCUAUAAUUUAUUUUCAUCUCAUCUUUCAGUGUAAAAUAAUGGCUCCACAUACGGGUUCGGCUACUCCUGAACAAAUUGAUGCACUCCUCAAUUUCCUGGACGAGCAUAGGGAUCUUGCUCGCGGGAGAUUGAGGAGUCUAGAAGGAAAAGUCCAGGCGAAGAGGCUGUGGGAUGAAUUGUGCAAUACGCUCAAUUCCAUGGGCGGUUGCACAAAGACAGUUCAGCAGUGGCAAAAGGUAUGGUUUGAUAGAAAACAUCUGGCCAAAAAAGCCGCUGCUGAUUCCCGGAGGUCGGCUUCAAUGACUGGAGGUGGUCCAUCAGUGGCACCCCAACUCUCCCAUUCGGAAUUAAAAGUCUUAUCCAUAAUGGGAGAUGGGUUCGGUGACCGCCAAAUUGGAGCCAGAGUGCCAGCUUUCACUGAAACGAAUGAAUCCAGACCAUCAACCUACAGUCUAGGAAGCCAACUGCAGCAGCAGAGCCUGGACUUGCAUGUAGAAGUUGAGGAGUACGCCGACCCAAGCAAAGAAAGCCAGCAGGUCUACUCUAAUUCAACGAAAAACGAAAUUUCGAUCGAAAUUGAUACACAAGACAGGUAUCUUGAGGAGACCUACAUCCAGAAUAAUAGUCCUGGUACCCACGACGCCUCCCAAAUUAUGGUGCUGAUGCACGGGGAGGGGGGGGGGGGAGAUUGUUGGCGACACGUCUAUAAAAAACAUUUCAAUUUAUUAGUUUACCGAUUACGGAUGGUAUCUAAAAUCAAAAUUAUCAAGCAAUAAUAAUCUUAUAAUAAAACGCUUAGUUAAAUCUUAAAGAAAUAUCGAAUUAAUAAUUUGAAGGUCUUGGAUUCGAUUCCCAAGCCGGACUAGUUCGUCGUUUUCUUAGUAAUAUUUUCUUAAUAAAUUCAUAUAGGGAAUGUUUAAGAUGUAAAUUAUGUUUCCGGGUUCAGUUCCCCGGUUGAAAUUACCUUUUCAAUGAUAUUGUUAAUUUAAAGAAAUAUUAAAAUAAAGUUGGAGACCAGGAUUUGUUCCCAGGUCGAAAUGAUCACUUUGUGUAUAAGUGGAACUAAUGUAAAAUAUUGCAUAUAUUAUCUUAUAUAAGUUGAAUACAUUUUGUAUGAAAAAUAAAAUGUCUAUUUUCAAUGUUUGAUUC